AUGGAUACCUUCAGCAUAUUUGCUUCCGUGGCGAACGCCGUCCUAGGCGAUGGUGACGACAGCGAUCCAGAACUUCCACCAGGAUCUCCUCCGACUUACAAGUUCGAGGGCCCCUGGUUCACGACACAAGUUCUACUCUCUUUGUCGAUCGGUGUCACAUCUUUUCUGCUUUUCUCAUAUUGUAGAACCAGAUGGCCUCUACUUUUUGCACCCCGUACAAAACUCAAGGGGUUCUCGCCACACGAAGCUCACGCGCACCAAGCAUUCUUUGGGUGGAUAAUGCCAACUCUCAGGGUAUCCGAAUAUACUGUCCUGCAAAUCGUUGGCCUGGAUGCGGCCGUGCUCCUCAAUUUCUUCAAGAUGUCGUUUUACCUGUUUUCCCUUUGCUCUGUUUUUGCGGUUGCCAUACUGAUGCCUAUGAACUGGAAGGUUAGCACUCAUCCUUUGCCCCCGAGUCAUGACUGGCUCGACCUCAUUAGCGACGCUAACUCCUACCUGACCGUCCACUUUCUUUUCACCUACCUUUUUACAUUUCUCGCCCUACGCUUUAUCUACAAGAAUUACCGGCGAUUCAUACGUUCUCGUCAGCUAUACUCUCUCGAGCUCGUACAUUCGAUCCCCGCACGCACCGUCAUGGUCACAAGGCUGCCAAAUCAUCUGCAAUCUGAGCGGACACUUGCAGAGUACUUCGAGAACAUGGGCUUGAGCGUCGAGAGCGUCACUGUUUGCAGGGAGGUAGAUACCCUGAAACGAUUGAUCGACUUGCGUACCCAGGCCCUUCUCAAGAUGGAGAGUGCGUGGACGAAAUACGUGGGCAACCCGAGUACAGUGGAGUCAUACGACCCAUCGGAGAAUGUCAUGCCUCCGUUGUCCGACGUCGAACCUUCGUUCGUGGAGAAUCAGCCUAGCAGAUUCGUCGUUCCCCAUCGUCAAAGGCCCACAAUACGCCCAGGAUGGUUCAGCAAGAAGGUCGACGCAUUAGAGUAUUUGGAAAUGAAGUUCAAGGAGGCAGAUGAAAAAGUCAAGAAAUGGAGAAGAACAGGAAGGUUCAAAGCUACUCAUAUUGCUUUCAUCACGUUUGAAAAAAUGUCCAGCGCGCAAAUCGCAGUACAAACUGCCAAUGCUCCCGAUCCAUUUGAAUGCAAAGCUUGUGCUGCUCCUGAACCACGUGAUAUUAUCUGGUCCAACAUGUCUCUCCAACCCAACGCAAGUGUGGCACGAGAGCUCAUUGUUUUGGGCUGUAUGGCAUUACUACUCUUUUUCUGGAUUUUCCCUAUCACUGCUCUUGCCAGUUUACUCAGCUACAAGGAGAUUCAAAAAUCUCUUCCUUGGUUAGGUCGUUUGAUUGACAGCAAUGACAAAAUAAGGGCUAUAGUACAGAAUUCCUUACCAUCGGUGGUUAUGAUCACAUUGAAUGCGCUACUACCUUUUAUUCUUGAAGCACUCACGUAUGUGCAAGGCUAUCGAGCACGCAGCUGGAUCGAGUACUCAUUGAUGAGAAAAUAUUUCUUGUUCCUUCUUGUCAACGUUGUCUUUAUCUUCCUCUUGGCUAGCACCUAUUGGCAAUUGGUGCAAGAUCUGGCAAAUUCUCCUGCCAAAAUCCCAGAGAAGUUGGCUGAGGCGCUAUCUCAAGGCAGAGCAAGGCAUUUCUUCCUUUCUUAUGUCAUCCUCCAAGGACUCGGUAUUAUGCCAUUGCAACUCUUGAAUUUGGGCAUCGUUUUGCCCCGCUUGAUUCUUCGUAUUUUCUUUACACGCACCCCUCGCGAUUUUGCGGAGCUCAACGCACCUCCAAUGGUCAACUAUGGCGUAGUCUAUCCCCAAGCCAUCCUCAUGUUUGUUAUCACAUUGCUCUAUAGCGUCGUCCAGCCAAUGAUCGUGAUAUUCGGCGCCAUAUACUUUGGCAUGGCCUAUGUUGUGUACAAAUACAAGCUGCUCUUCGUAUUCUAUAAGCCGUAUGAAUCUCAAGGACAGGCCUGGCCACUCACUUUUAUCCGCCUUAUCUGGGGCAUCCUUAUCUUCCUCGUGUUCAUGACCGGCAUCUUUAUCCUUCGCAAAUCCUACGUCCUAUCGUCCCUUCUUGCACCGCUCAUCCUGGGAACGCUUCUGUGGUCGUGGUACAUCGACAAAACGUUUAAACCGCUAAGCAAGUUUGUAUGUCUCAGCUCUGUAUUUGAAGUCGAGCGGGGAGAGGAGACGGCUGAUGUUGCAAGACUCAGGGAGGGACAUCCUGUGACGUGGUCACAAAGCAAUCUGAAUCGAAGGCGUUAUGGACAAAACGAUGAGACACUCUACGUCGCUCCAGAAGAUGAGAGAACUGACUACUCCCAGCCUCCCAUGGCCAACUGGUACAGUGGUGUUCUAAACACGGGUAAACGGAGGUACGGCCACCCUGCGUUGACAGGAGUUCUCCCAGAACCUUGGCUGCCUCUCAAGAAAGGACAAACGCUUGUGAAUGCUCUUCGCGUGGGAGGCGUUCGAGCUCCCCAGGACCCUACUCAAGGAAUCGUGCUCACGCUCCGAAAGCGCUACAGUCUGUUGCGCGGCAAAGCUCGGUCCUCUGUCGUAGAGCCAAGACUGGUCGACGACGAGAUACCCGCCGAGCCCGCCUCACCAGUGGGCGAGAACGGGCACGGAGGGUUCUCAUCAGACAACCCAUGGGACGACGCGCGCCCCGAGUUGGUGCAGUCGCAAAGCAGCCUGAACCACCGCCUGAGCUUCGAUCCUGCCUCGGGGGUGAUCAUGCUGCCUGAAGAUGACGAUUGGCUGGGCGAAGAGGACGAUUCUGACGAAGAUUAUGGGCAUCAGAUGGGUCGUUCUCAACAGGAUGUGGCGGGUGUGCCACAAGAUGUGACGUCGUCGUCGCCGUCGACGCCUCUCAUCACUACCCCCAAACGACGCUAUGGCACGUAUUAUCAUCACCCAGAACGUCGUCGACAGACUAUCCCUGGCGCUUUCCCACAGCCAUCGGCAUAGGAGAAGCAAAGAGUUUGAUGAUGAGCGAUAUGGAUGCCUAUUUUAUACAGACUUUAAUGCAUAUGGAUGUACUCGAUACAUCC